CGUGACUCUGCCGUCAGCCCAGCUGCGCUGAGGAGCCGGAAGUCAGGGCAGUUGUGGGACCGAGAGCCGAAAGGGGAAAACAGUCGCUUUAAGGCCGAGUUUAGUUCGUGCUGUCGGGCUGUUUCUGACCGCGGAGGAGCGCCAUGCCGAACAUGGAGCAGCAUUUGUUUAACCUGAAGUUCGCGGCCAAAGAGUUGCAGCGAAACUCCAAAAAAUGCGACAAAGAAGAGAAGGUGGAGAAAGCGAAAGUGAAAAAGGCGAUUCAAAAGGGUAAUAUGGAGGUGGCACGUAUUCACGCCGAAAACGCCAUCAGACAGAAGAACCAAUCAGUGAACUUCCUCAGGAUGAGUGCCAGAGUCGACGCUGUGGCAGCAAGAGUGCAGACAGCAGUCACUAUGAACAAGGUCACCAAGUCCAUGGCAGGAGUGGUGAAGGGAAUGGAUGCAACUCUGAAGAGCAUGAACCUGGAGAAGAUUUCAAGCCUGAUGGACAAAUUUGAGCACCAGUUCGAAACUCUGGAUGUUCAGACACAACAGAUGGAGGACAGCAUGAGCAGCACUACAACACUUACAACCCCACAGAACCAAGUGGACACCCUGAUGCAGGAGAUGGCAGAUGAAGCAGGGUUGGAUCUGAACAUGGAGCUUCCACAGGGACAGACUGGAACAGUGGCCAGCAGUGUGGCGUCCACAGAACAGGAUGAGCUUUCUCAGAGGCUUGCCAAACUCAGAGAUCAGGUGUGAGCAGAUCAACAUGAUUGUGUUUGUGAGAGAGGACAGACUGACAGAGUGUGUGUGUGUGUGUGUGUGUGUGUGUGUGUGUGUGUGUGUGUGUGGUGUGUGUGUGUGCGUGCGCACGUGUAACAGAUAUUGUGUUCAGUGGUCGCCAGAGGAUGUGGGCUUCAUCAUUAUUCUCCAUUUUUGUGCGUCUUUACGUUUUUAAUGACAUUUAAACUUUGUGUCCACGCACGGCUGCUUUUUACGAGAUGUCUCCGAUCUCAUCGCACCUGCCUGCUGCUUCAGAAACGAGCCAUUCGGUCUGUUUAACGGUAACGCCGACCGUUUCUUUAGGCCUGCCUGACCUUCACUGAGUAUGUUAAAUGUUGAAGCUCCUUCUGCAGAUGUUGAGCGCGCUCAGCUUGUGGGACAUCAUCAAACUGAACAUCGCUGUUUUCGCACCUUAGACAUUAAAAAGGAGUUAAAAAGCUCUUUGUGUGGACACAGAGACUCCUGCCCAACAAGUUGGCACCAUAGCCAAACACUAUGAUGGUGAAAUGUGUGAAUACUUGCCUCAUUUACUCCUUUCUCACGGUUAUCCUGCAGCACUUUAUCUAGAGCCUUGAUUUAUAACAUGAUGCUAACAUGGCUAACGGUCUGCUCCUGCCUAAUGCUAAUUAUUAGCUAGCAGGUUCUGUGUUUUUAGCAGUGUUAGCGUUUUUGUGACGCUCCCAUUGGUUCAGCGCUGGGGGGCAAAGAAUUCACAGAACAAAAUAACAUUGGUGAAAAAUCACUGAGUUCGUUUACGUGCACUUAAUAAUCCAUCAUAAUCGGAUAUCUGCAGUUAUCAGAUUAUACAAAUGGUCAGAAUUAGUUCUAGAAAUCUGAUAAAGAGGCUGGAUUUCAGCUCAGAAAUUCUCUGUGAGCUCUUACUCUGAUUGCACGCUUGAUGUAAUGAAGUCCAUGUAAAAGCACACACUGAGUAAUGUAGCUGUUAAUCAAGUAAUCUUAACAUAUUUACAGCACUUUUACUUUAUAUACAUAACAUUUGUAACUACUGUAACUGCAUUAUUGAGAUCCUGCUGGUGGGGGUUUCCUCCCUUUCCAACUUGCACACACAAGCAAUUUGAGGGAUACUUGCACCCCUUGUGGAGAACCUGCAGACUGCUAAACACAGCUUUAUGAUGGCCUGUAGGUGGAGUGAUGGUCACUGAACAGAUGUUAUACUAAAGGCUGUAGAUAAAGUGCUACAAAACCUUUACUCUCCCGACUGUGUGAGAAUGUAUUUCUCAGUGUAUGCAAUGUUGGGUUAUUUCCCUUCCUCUGAUUUUCUUUUCAGUUGUCUUUAUCCGCUGUUUGUGUAAUAUCAUAUAUCUGAACAUUAAUGGUGAAUGAUUUUUUUUUUCUUUUUUCCCCCAAGGUACCUAAAUUUAUAUACAAUAUAAAACGAUAUGGAAGCUUUAAGACAACAUCUCAGUUAUUUAUUUUCACUUCUUUAUUGGGCUAGAUGAUCCAUAUCAGAAUUUCAUUGUGUUUUUGGGCUCAUGUUGGGGGAAGUACUGUCUGCUGACAAAGAUAAAGAAUUAAAAUAAAUAUUUUAUAACAUUUA